GGGCCUCAAAGGCGUAAGGAGUAGGCGGGGCGAGCCAGCUGGGCUUAGGGCUCACCGGCUCACCCGGGUCGAGGGGCGAGCCUGAGGCUACGGGUGACGCGCGCGUCCACUUCCCUUCUCCCGCCUCCCCCCGGGGCGGCGCUCGCUGGUGACGCAGUGAGUGUGAUGGCCGCCGCGAGGCCGGGAAGGUGAAGGUCAGGAUUGGUGGAGUCAACACAGUCAUCAAUAGCCAACCUCAACCUGAGACAAGACAGAGGAGAACUCAGAAUCUUUUUGUCUUCUGGACUCCAGCCAUGUCCAUGAUGCCUACCCUGUGAAGAUCUCUCACCAUCCAAAAAAUUGUGCCAGCAGACGAUCCGUGGAUCCAUUUAUUUUCCCUGCUAGGAGUUGCUUUACAUAAAACUGGCGCAAUGUCCCUGCUCUUCUCUCGAUGCAACUCUAUAGUUACAGUCAAGAAAGAUAAGAGACACAUGGCUGAGGUGAAUGCUUCCCCUCUCAAGCACUUUGUGACUGCCAAGAAGAAGAUCAAUGGCAUUUUUGAGCAGCUGGGGGCCUACAUCCAAGAGAGCGCCACCUUCCUUGAAGACACCUACAGGAAUGCAGAACUGGACCCUGUUACGACAGAAGAACAGGUUCUGGAUGUCAAAGGUUACCUGUCCAAAGUGAGAGGCAUCAGUGAGGUGCUGGCCCGACGGCACAUGAAAGUGGCUUUUUUCGGCCGGACGAGCAAUGGGAAGAGCACUGUGAUCAAUGCCAUGCUCUGGGACAAAGUUCUGCCCUCUGGGAUUGGCCACACCACCAAUUGCUUCCUGCGGGUGGAGGGCACAGAUGGCCAUGAGGCCUUCCUCCUCACCGAGGGCUCAGAGGAGAAGAGGAGCGCCAAGGUGAGGGUACCAGGCCAGCUCUCAGCCCCGCGUCUGCUGGUGGGGCAAGUCGUCGAUUGUGACACGGCUGACCUCAUCGCUAGGGAGAGGGCAGCACUGCCCUGUGGAGGUGAACUGGGAGACCCUAUUUUAGACGAACUUUUUGAAGGAUGUGAGAACUUCUGGGGGCUGGCUGGGCAGUUUUCAGAAACGUGGACCACCAAAAAUGAGAACUCUGCUGUUCCUCGUACAGCUCUGAGUGGCCACUGA